GGAUAAUAUAAUCUUUGUGUAUUUGGGGUGGGGGCUGACAGUCAACUCUAGGAGCUCAAGCACAUAAACUGUAACGCGUCAACAGGUACAGGCGGGACUCGUCUUAUUUCCUGCUCUGGAUUAAAACAUCACUGUGCAAUGUCAGCUUGGAUGCUGUAACCAGUAAGAGCAAGGAUGCAACACAGAGUGCGUAUUUAGAUAUGUGAAAACACGGUCGGCGUUUCGUAUAAAUAUGUUGAUGAGUAGACGAGAAAGAAAACAGUGGAUGUUCGGGGGAUUUCUGUUUCUGGUCGUGGUUCUGAAUCUCACAGGCCCAGCUCUUUUGUACUUCCAGACUAGAGCACGGGGCAGUAUAGACUAUGACGCCAUCCAGGGUACAAUCCUGUCUGAUAAAUUGAACUCAGCCUCGUUCUCGUUUGAGGCCAUCGAGAACAGGGCACUAGACGUGAAAUCAGAAGUUAAGAGAGCGCAAAAGAAGACGAGAGAAGACGAUCCAGAUAAACGACAAGGAGCACGUGACAGGAAGGUGAGCCCUAAAUCAGCUGCUGGGAAGAGAGCAGACGUAAAAUCCGAAGUUCGGGGACCUCCUGAAAGUGACAGGGGACAUAAUCCAAGAAUAGCGAUAGAGAAAGGACACGAACUCGAAGUGAAACAUAAACAAGCUGCUGGGAAGAGAGCAGACGUAAAAUCCGAAGUUCAGGGACCUCCUAAAAGUGACAGGGGACAUAAUCCAAGAAUAGCGAUAGAGAAAGGACACGAACUCGAAGUGAAACAUAAACAAGCUGUUGGGAAGGGAGCAGACGUAAAAUCUUUCCGACAGAAACUUAGAGUUCCACAAGUAGAACCAAUCGAGUUUGACGAUGAAGCACUAGAAGGACUUCCUGAGGAUAACGCUCCUGUAAUAGUUGCGCUGAAGGAAAGGAUAGAGGAGAAUAUCCCCGAAACUGAGGCUGAUGUAGAAACAGAUGUGAAGAAUGAAGAGGCAGAAGAAGACAAGCGGGAAGAUGUAGAAGUUUAUCCCCGGAAUGACAUACACGGUGACGAUUACGCAUUGUCAGGAACAUUUGAGUAUGACAGCGACUGGUUCCAAGCCGACGUUAACUUGGACGACGACGACGACAACAACGACGUGUAUGCAUUCUCCGCCCACUACGACGCCAGCGACUCUGUUGUCAGGGUCGUCGCCCUGACACCAACAUUCCAUUCUGUGUCGCUAUUUUGUAGAUUCGAGAGCAAAGGACAGACACUCUUGUCUAUUGAGGAAGGAAUUGAAGUCAAAAUGAAAGAUCACCAUGGAAAAAGUUACACAGCCGCCGUCAUUCUGUGCAAAGUCAACAAGGGAGGUCAUCCAGCGAGAUUAGCCGUCCUACAAGACAAAAUCCAAACUCCAACAAAAUACAUGAAAGUGAAUUACCCGAAGAAAGAGCACCACGCCUUCAGUGUCUGUGUGACGCCUUUCAGUCCAACUUAUGGGGAUGCUUACGAACUUGUUCAAAACACCGAGCUGGGCAUUAUACUGGGAGCAGAACAUUUUACAUUUUACGUCCAAUCUGCAUCUGGACCCGUCCCAACCUACCUGGACCGAUAUCAGGAGAGGAGGUUGGCAGAGGUGUUACCUUGGUCCCCUCCUAUUGAUGAUGUUCACGGCUAUGCCCAAAUAGCCGCCAUACAGGACUGCCUUUUUCGGAACAAAGCCACAUCCGAUUACAUACUUUUUCAAGACAUCAAUGAAGUAUUUAUGCCUCUAAAACAUAAAUCCUGGAAAGACCUUAUCGAAGCUAAAUUAAAAAACCAACAUAAAGUGGCUGCCAUUAUCUUUCGAAAGAGUUUCUUUCCUUUGGCUGAUGCUAAAGAUUUAGAAGGACUCGAAGAAUAUGAUAUUCCUUUAGUUAAAAAGUAUAAACUCUAUGUCUUGUCUAAUCCUUGGCGAGAAUCCAAAGUGUGGAACGUGAAGAUGAGAUCUAAAUUCAUUGUUAUUCCAAACAGAGUUGUUUCCCUUGGGAUAGUUAAUAACGUCAAUAAGUUCAAGGACGGCUAUACGUCCAUCACCAUGGAUGCACAGGAGGGUUUACUUUAUCAGUAUCAAGGCCAGAAAGACGAAAGUAAACCCCUUGUUAUGGAUACCUCUGCAAGACGUUUUUCGGCGGAUUUAAUCGAAAGAGUUGCUGAAUCAUGGAACGGUUAAAAAAAUGAAAUAACAACAACACAACUUGCCGAUCAUAAAGAGAAAAUAAUUAUAAUGAUACCGUGUAACCUCGUUAAUCCGGAAACUUCAUCUCCCGGACGAUUACUGCUGGGAACGCAUAAGCGACAUUACUCCGUCACCAUGGUUCGUUAAUUCAGACAUUGCUUAAUAUGGACGACUUCAUUUGGAAAGCUGCUGUUCGGAUUAUCAAGGUUCACAGUUUCGUGUUCGAAAUACAUUUUCAUCCGUGACUUGUAUUCGUGGAUGCGUCAAGCUUAAACAUGUUGUGCGGUGCGGUGACGUGUUGCUUUGUGUGCAAGUGCCUCAUCCUUGUAUAUUGAGAUAUUAGAUAUCGAUAUAGUGCUAGUCAUUGUCGGUGCUCACGAAAUAGAUUUUGUAUCAUAAAAGUCUAGCAUGUAAUGAUGUAAACUCUCAUAUGAUCCAAACAUUUAGUAAAAGUGGCAUAUUUAGUAGAGAAAAUACGGCUUUUGGGAGUACGCUACCUGUCAUUACAACAGUGUUUAUAUCAUGUUACCAUAGCGACGCUGCAGCGUCAGUUUCCAUGGAAAUAAAGCCUCAUUAGUUCCAUUU